GACGACGUAACGGGGGGAACUCGUACGCACAAUGAGCGACUGUUCCUCGGAACGAUUGUCACGGAGGAUCGUCGACCAACAGGAAUGGAUUAAUCGUCAUUUCCGCAAGUUGGCGUCCCUUUACAGAAAAUCGCCGUGCCUAUGGAAGAAGGACAUGUGGAGCUACUUGAACAGCGGGCAAAGGCAUCGUGCCUACACCCGGAUCCAUCUUGCCAUGAAUCUGCCCGGGGUAACGUUGGUCGAGAUCGUUUUGAAGAUUCGUGAGAUGAGGCGAUUAUACGUGAACGAGUUGAGAAAUCUGUUGGAGGCGAAAUCGAACGGUUAUUGCUACCAGGUCCAGAUACCGUGGUUCUAUGAAUUGCAUCAAUUUCUCUACCCGUACCUGGAUUACGACGAGGCAGUCGAGUUGCACAAAAUAGACAAAUCUUGCGGCGAGCGCAGGGAAUCGGAAGAGUUUUCACCGAGAUGCAACUGCACUCGAUGCAUAUCGCGUAAAAGCAGCUGCGUGAAAAGCUCCACGUCCGUCUCCCCCCGUGGUUUCUCGAACUCGAUCAGCUCCCCAGGAAUCUCCUUGCCAAAGAUCAAGACCGACCCUCGAACUUGCUCCCACUCUUGCGGCAGGAUAUCAAACGCUAAGAAACAAAUGGAGAGAUCCGUUUCGUGUAGGAUACGCUCGAUCAAUUCUUGCUGCGAGAGAUUGAAACGGCGCGAGAAUUCGUCAGGGGACGACGAGACGAUGAACAGGCGACAGGAAAAUCAGGAAUUCAGAAUUGCGGGAAUGUACAGCACGGCUUCGAGCAGCUACACUUGCGAGAGCGAGUCGGAUCAAUGGGAUAUAUUCUCCACGACCGUCACGCGUUUCCUGAAAAGAUUGGAGAGACCUUACGCGCUCGAGGCGCAGGCGGAAAUUCAACGAAUCCUGAAGGAGAUGCUGAUGAAAUCAAAGCUCGCGCACAACUGGCCGACAAUUAACAGAGGAGGAACGGGCGUUCCGUUGAAAAAUCAAUGGCCAAUCCGCGAGGAGUCUCUUCGGGAAUCGGGGAGAUGCACGCGCGGAUAUGUGGGGAUACGGGGAUCAAGGCGAGGAUCGAUCGUCGUCGAUAAAGGAUAAACGUGGAAAAGAAGGAAGAAGAUGUGAAA